AUGUCUUCAUUUUAUCAUAGAAGAACGUUCUGUUUGAUAACCGGGGCUAGCAGGGGUUUCGGAGAAGGCUUGGCCUUGAAGUUCGCCUCAAAAUUUGCCCCAAAAUCGGUGAUUGUGUUAGUAGCCAGGAAUGAAACUCGUUUGAAUUCAGUGAAAUUGAAAGUAAAUUCUUUGAGGUCUGAUGUCUUAGUUUUUACCAUGACCGCUGAUCUCUGCGAUAUUGAUGGGGAAGUGUUUGAGGAUAACUUGAAAGCUCAAUUAAAAAAUAAUAAUCUUUCUUCUAGCGACUUCAAUCAAUGUUUGCUGUUGCAAAACGCAGGCUCAGCUGGUGAUUUGUCAUUGAGAGUUCUUCAACAAAAUGAUAAAAAGUUACUGGAUGAGUAUUGGUCACUAAACUUAACUUCAGCUCUCAUCAUCAACAGUUUGUUCUUUAGUAUCUUCACGAACUUGCAAACUAAGCACAGAUAUGUCGUUCAGAUUAGUUCAUUGUUAGCCAUCAAACCUUUCAAAUCAUGGGGCCUGUAUUGUGCUGCAAAAGCGGCAAGGGAUAUGAUAUUCAGCGUAAUUUCAAAGGAGGAGCCAGACAUCAGAGUGCUUUCGUACGCUCCUGGACCUCUACAGACGGAUAUGUUCCAACAAGCCAUGGAUGAGAUAGCAGACGUCGAUACGCUGGCAGUAUUUAAAGGUCUUUGGGAGUCAGCCAAAUCUGUUUUAUCGUGUGAGCAGUCAGCGGAGAAGCUUUCGAUGUUAUUACACUUUGACGUGUUUCAAUCUGGCUCACACGUUGAUUACUAUGAAGUCAAUGAUUGUGGUGAAAUAACAUCUACCAAUUAA